GUAUUCACACAUGUCAAUCAUUUCGUAUCUUCCAUGCGAUUCGCUUUGAAGUAUGUUUUCCACGCGCGGAAGUUAUGCGAGUUGGAACGUUAGAAGGAAAGAUUUAGUUUAGAUACCGUACGCAUCGGCUGUAUCUUCGUUUUUAAGCGUUUUUUUCUGUCCAGUGGAUGCUACGAGAUAUUAACUUGAAGAUGGACCGUACAUUCCAAGUUCAUGUUUUGACAGCUAGCCAACUAGCCGUAGUUUAGCUAAGUAGCUAACCCAUUUCUAAUAACUCCUCGCUUUGAAUGGCAUGCAUUAUUGAGGAUAGUUCUCCUCGUAUGUGUGUUCAGUAACAAAAUGCUGGUGUAUGACUCGGUCUAGCUGAGUCUUGAAAUAGAUGAAACUGUUAGCAAGGCUGCACACAUGCAGACGGCUCCCUUUGUUAUGGUUUUUAAACCAGCGUGCUAAGGUAGCUAAUAUUAGCAAAGUGUUGAACUUCCAGGAGUUUCAGAAGUGCACCAGCGGGAAAUCGUGUUCUUCAACUGGAUUAUUGUCACAUUUCUGCCGCAAGUUAUUACUACAUGUCUUGUUGAACCACAGGACUUGUGCCAUCGACAACAAGCGCGAUGUUGGGCGAGUGUGGCAUGAAGGAACGGGACAAGCAGGCGCUACGCAAACGUUCCGUUUCUCUGUGCAAAGAGAUGGUUGUGGACGAGCUACUCGUCCAGUUCCUUCAAGCUGAGAACAUUCUGACUGACAGCAUGGCUGAAACCAUUCUGGCAAAGGAGACGUCCCAGAAACGCAGCUGGCAUUUGCUGUCUAUCCUGCCCAAGCGAGGUCCCAAUGCCUUCAGCAUCUUUUGCACAGCCCUAAGGGAGACGGAGCAGGAUCACCUGUAUGAGCUGCUCACAAGCUGCACCGACAAGGAGAGGUGUGUGCAGACACGCUUCCCUCUGCCAGUCCAGGAGUGCCCUCUACCUGCCAAGAGGCCACGGUCCAAUGAGUCCAUGGAGAUGUGCCUGGACGCUGACUGCCCUGUCACCACAGCGUUGCAACCCUGCUCCCCUGACUUCUAUGACAUGCACUGCCAUCGGGCGUACCCAAUGACGUCCAGGCCCAAAGGUUUGGCCCUGGUGCUAAGCAACGUGACCUUUGACCCGGAUGCAUCUGAGUUUGACACGCGUCGUGGUGGGGAGGUAGACGAGGGGGUGCUGAGGACCCUCUUCACGGAGCUGGGCUUCACCGUCUUCCUCUACAGGGACCUCACUGCACAGGGCAUGCGAGACCGUAUAGAGCAGUUCAGCCGUCGUGCGGAGCACCGUGAGCGAGACUGCUGCACUGUGUGUCUGCUGUCACACGGGAAGGAAGGGGGGGUGUAUGGCACAGACGGACAGCUGCUGGAGCUGGACUGGGUGUUUGAGGCCUUUGAUAAUGCCCACUGUCCUCAGCUGCAGAACAAGCCGAAGAUGUUCUUCAUUCAAGCCUGCAGAGGAGAGGAGAUGGAUAGCGGUGUGGACCAGUCAGAUGGAGGGGAGCGAACCCAGUCACCCGGCUGCGAGCAGAGGGAUGCGGGGCGAGAUGAGGAGAGCGAGCGACAGAACAGAGAGAGGGAGGAGAGGGAGAGAGAGAAGCUCCGCGUCAAACUGCCUCAGCGCUCCGACAUGAUAUGUGGAUUCGCUACGCUGAAAGGUUGGGGCACUGCAGCUAUGAGGAACACCAAGAAAGGCUCCUGGUACAUCCAGGAGCUCAACACAGCCAUCAGGCAGAGGGCCAGAGACACACACAUGGCUGACAUACUGGUGCAGGUGAAUGGCCGUAUAAAGCAGAGGGAGGGUUUUGCCCCCGGCUCAGCUCACCACCGCUGCAAAGAGAUGUCCGAGUUCACCAGCUCCCUCUGCCAGGACCUCUACCUUUUCCCCAGCUACUACCCUCCCCCAACACCAACUGAACACUGUUGACACACAUGCACACACACAAGCACCCUCACACACACACAAGCACCCUCACACACACACAAGCACCCUCACACACACACACGCACGCACACACACACACACACACACACACACACACACACACACACACACACACACACACACACUCAAGCACCCUCAUACACACAGAGAAACCGGAGCAGACACACACACACAUACUCACAAACAAACUCACACACAAAAAUGGCAGCAGAUAUGACCAACACGUGAGCAUGCCUUCAUGUAUAAACAUGCAGAGAGAAAUGGCAGCAAACACACACACACACACACACACACACACACACACACACACACACACACACACACACACACACACACACACACACGGCAUUCCAUUUGAUUUCCGUUUGUUUUCCAUGUACACUCCUAUAGCACACUGGGCAUCUCGACAUUCCAUGAUGCACUUAGAUAUGGACCAACACGGGCCUCAAGUCAUGAAUGCUGUCUGCUGGGCCAAGACACACACACACACACACACACACACACACACACACACACACACACACACACACACACACACACACACACACACACCAUGUUUCAACCAUAGCAAAGCCAAGGAGCCAAAUGCUUACGCAAGAACAGCAGUACAAUGUCUAUAGCCUUACAGGUCUCGCUCUUUUUUUAAAUGCGGUUUACAAAGAACACGGUCAGGGUAAAUGGUGCAGACUUUUAUAUCGUUUCUGUUUCUUCGCUCAUCUUUUUCUCGCCAGUCAGAAUGAUGGGUUUUUUUUGGGUAGAUUUUAUAAAGGUCUUUUUAAAAUGUAUUUUUUUACUAAAUGUUUUAUUACCGUGUCUGUCCAUCAGGUGCUCUUUAGUGCAUCCGCCGUCUCGUCUCUGUCAGCUGCCACUGCCACUUUAAAAUGUGGGGCCCAUUUCUGAGUGUUGAACAUCUCUCUCCAUCUCUCUGUCUCUCUUUCUCUCUCUCUUUCUGUCACACACGCACACACACAUGCACACUUUCUCUUUUCUCCUCUCCUACCACCCCCAUCCACCCAACACACACACACACACGUUCCACAUAUCCAUUCCUUGCACUGCCAGAUGUUGACGUGCUUGCAUAUACACUCCUCUGUGACUGGCCUUCUGUUAUCCACCACCACUGGACGGUGUGCAUGAGAGUCGGGGGAGGUGGAAAGCAGUGUUGAAAAUGGCGUGAUCCUGCUAUCCAUGUUCAUAGUUGUGGUGGGGGCUGGUCCUGUAGAGGGGUGUAGGCUGAGCCUCAUCAUGUACAGUGGUGUUCUAAAUGAUGAUGGAAAUGAUCCUGUCCAGGGGUAACUGUAUGCCGGCCUUAAAGUGAUACAGUCCCAUUUUUGGAAAUAAGCUUAUUUUACAGGUCCCCUUGAGUUAAAUAGUAAAAAAAAAAGGGUUUAAAAAAAAGGGUUUCACCGUUUCCUGUGCUGGCGGCUAAGUGGUCUCAUGGGACUCAAUGUUAACUGCUAGCAUGGAGGUGAAAUGUGCAAUGCCAUACUCAGAGAACGGUUGAAAGUACAAGAGAAAAGUAUUACUCAAUUGUUUAACUCAAGGGGAGGUGUAAUAUGAGCUUAUUCCCAAAAAUGGGACAGUAUCACUUUAAGAGUAGUACUGUAUCAGCUCAUUCUCUUCCAUUACAGUGGAUAUGGGCUUGUCUGUACUGUGCUCCAAAAUACUGGCCUGCACAGUAGUAUUAUGCUGAGCUUGUACAACCAGGGUGUGAUUAUAGAGGGGGAUUUCUGGUUUUCAUAUCUCUACAGUUUCUUUCCAACAUUGAUGCUGCCCAUUCCCAAAUGUUAACUUUCACGAAUAUUUACCACCAACAACAAAUUGUAAAUAUUCAUUCUGACUGAAAGGUGGAUCUUCUCCAUUGUCUGCCAUUUUGAAUUUUGGGAAGUAGACAUUUUUAGCAGCAACUUACAGCACUUUGUCACACAAGUAAAUAUUAGUUAAUUAUUGAGUAAAUAUUCAUGAAAAGAUCAGAUUUGGAGAUAAAAAACACAGUUUCAAUGAGCAGCAUAGUUACAAUACCUGCUCUGGCAAGUGGCCACCAUCCCACACAGUGCACCUUUAAGAUCUGAAACACAUCUCCCCUUCUGGUUUUUGGACAAAUUGCACCCUGUGUACAGUUGUAUAUGCUGAGUUGAACCGUGGUACUGCACCAGCUCAUCCUGAUCCAGUACUGCACAGUGGUGUAAGCUGACCUCUGUAUGCUGGCCGGUUCCCAUGUUUCUGUCUAUGCACACUAUGCCAUCGAAGUACUUAUAAGCUCUACGCUGGGUCGAGUAUUACAACCAGCAGAGAGAAUUUAUUAAAUGAACCUGAAAAAAAUUAUUAUGCAUAGUAAAGACACCUUAAACAAACCUAAACUUAAAAUUUAGAAAUGUAUAUGUGUAUUGGAUAUAUUAUAUUACAGUAUCCCUGGGUUAUAAAUGAGAUUUUAUUUUGUCCCAUUUGGGCUGCUGAUCUGUGAUUCAAUUGUACAAACUAAGCUGCCCCAGUAUUUACUAAAAAUCACAUUGUAUUCACACUGUACAUUCCCUGUGCUUCCAUCUUCAACACCCACUUUUAUUUAAUGUAAUUUUACUUUCUUUUAAAGAUUUUAAACAGAAGACUAAUGGUUUCCGAGCCCUUGGUGAAUAAUGGUCUUUACUGUACUUCUUUGUCAAUUUAUUUUUGUAUUGUGUUAUUCUGCUUCACUGAUGGGCAUUUUCUUGUCUGUAAUAUGAAAUAUGCAACAUGAAUUUGGUAUUUUAAACACA